UUUUUCCAAAAAAAAAAAAAGCCAUAAAACCUUUUUUUUUUUCAUUUGAAGCUUUUCUCAAUGACAAAUCUUUUCUUCCUCUUCUUUUUCUGGGAUACUAAAUGAUAAAGCUUUAAUUGCAUCUCACAUUUCCUUUCGUAGAUGGAUAAUUUAUUACCAAACGAAUUGGAAGAGUUGAUUGUAUGCAGUUGUUGCCACACAACAUUCAAUGAUUCAGAUGCAUUACCAAAACUAUUUUCAUGUCGCCAUUACUUUUGUCUCAAAUGUAUCAACACAAUUUUGUUGAAGGGAAAGGAGCUUUAUUGCAUCCAUUGCUGGAAGCGUACAGAAAUACCAGACAUGAAACCCGAAAAUUUACCAACAUACAAUGCUAUAUUGUAUUUAUCACAAAAUAUGAUAAAUAUAAAGGCAAAGAAAAUUAUAAGUGCAGAUAAAAAUCAAUUUUCGCCAAAUAAUAACAUAUCAACAAAUCUAAAUAAUAAAAUACGUUCAAAUGAAAACUGUCUCACUCAUGCGAUGCCGAAUAGUUUAUGGUGCUUGAAGUGUAAUGUCUUAGUGUGUCGAGCUUGUGCAAGUACUGAAGAUCACCGAAAUCAUACCGUUAAGAGCUUAAAUGAAGCUAAAGAAGCAAUUCAUAAUGACGUUUUAUCUGAAUUGAUUAAGAUGCAAAAGAAAUUAACUGAGUUACAGCAUCUUGUGUUUAAGCAAAGAGAUUUCUUAUUAAAAAUCCUUGAAGGUUGCACGACACUUAAAACACAAAUUGAAACCGAACUAAUAAAUCAUAUACCGACGUUAGAAAUAAGUGAUAUUCGAGGAAAUUUGUCCAAAGCAAAACUAACAUUGACGCUCCUCGAGCAUCAAUCGUCUCCAGCUGAGGCCUAUCGAUUAUUCGCAAGUCUUAAUAUGGAAAAGCAACGACUUCAUUUUAAAUAUAAUGAAAUGCUAUUACAGUGCAAAUUGGAGGAAAUCAUUCAACACAAUGGUUCUCUCUUGGAUUUCGAAUUUUUGAAACAAAUUUCCUCGGUCCUAAGUAUGAAUGGUGUCGAUGCCAUUACAUUAAGCGAAAAUCAAGUCAUUUUGAAUGCAGUUAAUAGUAAUUUAGCGUCCAUUUCUAAUCAAACCGUCUUGAACAAUAACAAUAACAAUUCGAAUAAUAAUAAUAAUUCAAACAACAGCAACAACAACAACGGAAAUAAUAACAACAACAACAACAAUAAUUCUAAUUUAAAUAAUAAUAACAAUAAUAACACCAUAAAGAAUAAUAAUCAUCCAACUCAAUUAGGCACCCCGAUCUCAAGUGCUUCAAUUAACAACAUCAACAGUAAUUCUGCGACUGUAUCAACUUCACCAUUCAAUUGUAAUCACAUUAUGACUGGAUUAGGACAUAACAAUAUGAUUUUACUAUUAGCUAAUUACUGCAUUUCGCAAUUGUAUUCACAUCAUAUAUUGACUACAAAGACAAUGGCGCAAGCUCUCAUGAGUAGUCCACCUCACAACAAAACUUCAUUUUCCUUCUCCAGUAAUAAUAAUAAUAAUAACAAUAAUAACUUAUUCGGUGGAAUUAUUGGGAUGCUUCCUGAUCAGAUGUCUCAAAUGACUAUGCAAGACAACCUAUUUCAAAAACUUUCGGAAUCAACAAAUAUUUCAACAUCGGACCUUUUAAAUAACGUUGGGCACAUUGGAAACGGAAAUAUAUCUAACUUUAUAUCAGCUAAUAGUCGUCAGCUUCAUCAUUCACACCAAACUCCACCACCAUUAAACUUUAUACCUGAUAUAAAUGGAAUCGUUUUACAUCAUUCAUUACAUUCCUCAGUAUCUAAUUCUAAUAAUAAUUUAUCAACAUCAACGACAACGUCAAAUCAGCAGCAAUCUGUCGCAAAUCUUGUUCAAAAUCCAAGUGUUCAUGUAUAUCCAAUAUAUUAUUUCAACAUUGAAAUAAAUGGAGCACCUUUUGGACGAGUUCUAAUCGAAGUACGUAACGAUGUGGCACCGAAAAUGGCAAAGAAUUUUGGUUCUUUAUGUACAGGUGAACUUGGGUUCGGCUAUAAGGGUUGUUCCAUUUUCCAGUGUUGGGAAAAUGAAUCAAUCAUUACAGGUGAUUUUGAAUUAAACAACGGACGAGGCGGGCGUUCUGUUUUCGAAGAUAGCUUCUUUAUGCCUGACGAUACAAAAAUUUUGGCGAUACGCGGAUCGGUAGGAAUGCGACGCAGUCAAAAACGUCACGAUAACUUAGGUUUAGUCGGUUCACAAUUUCGAAUUAUUCUACGCGAAAUGAGAGGAUUUACAGGAAUUUUUGCUUUCGUUGUUGAAGGCUUAGAUUUGGUGGACAAAAUAAGUAAAGCGGGUGAUUCGGCUGGUAAGCCGACAAGUAAUGUGAUCAUAGUUAAUUGUGGUAAAUGGCAAUAGACGAGAUAAACAAGUAUUUUGAUUUUAGAGUAUUUUUAAAUGAACGUGCUGAUAUGUAAUGAAUAUAUAAAGAUUUAUGAAGUUACCUUUAAACAAAAAAAAAAAAAACGAUGAUACAAAAUGAAAAUAAGCGUAAUGACCUGACUAA